AUGUAAUCUGACAUAAAAGACAGCAUUAAUAUACAACUGUCCUCUUUCAAUUACGAACUCACGCUGAGUUUGCCUAUACAAGCAACAAAAUGAAAUCUCUUGUUAUAUUGUGUCUAGUCAUUGCGUCAUGCACCGCAUUGCCAGCUAAACCGGCUCAGACGUCUGUCUUGGAUUUAUUAGAAGACCUGGAAGGUAAAAUUCAAGACAACGGAGAAGUCUUGAUCGCUAAGCUUGUAACUCUUGUUCAUCACGUUGAAAAUGCUGUCCUCCAUGUCAAGGAAGUUGUCCCUAAAGUGUACGAGAAAAUCCACCAAGAAGCUGACGAAGUUUUAGCUGGUCUUAAAAAAGUUUCUGAUGAAAUUCAGGAGCUUUUGGGAAGGAAAAAUGCUAUGUUUGGAUUUGAUCUUUUGGGUGGUUUAACCGAACUUACUGGUGGUACCAAGUUAAGCACUGUUCUGGAUCUGCUCAGUCUUGCUGACAAAGCCCACCGUGUUGUCAACGAUGCAAAAGAGUUUGUUCCCCACCUUCAAACAACCAUGGACAAGCUUCAAAAACGACUUGAAGACCAUGUAACUGAUUUUGCAACACACGUAGUCAAGGAAUUAGGCCUCCAGGAUGUUGUUGCACACAGUAUGACCAACAAAAUUGAAGAACUUGCACAAAAAGUGCAAGAAAAGGCCCAUGAAUUGAUUCUUCACCUUUUGCACAGCAUGGAAGAAACUUUAGAUAUUUUGGAAAGCAAGCUACCCGAAGAAUUUAAAAGAGUUGAAAAAGCAGUUGCUGAAAUCAGAGAAAAAAUUCACGAACUAAUUGUUCAAAUCGAGCAAACCCUCGUAAUGAGGAGCUUCAGUCUUCUGGAUCUUGCCGGAAAUGUGAGCGAAGGAACAUCUCUGAGCACUGCUUUCAAAGUGAUGAGCCUAGUUGAUAAAUUCAACACCUGUGUUCAAGAUGUCAAGAAUUUUGAACCAAGGGCAGAAGAAUUUAUGCAACACAGUGUAAAGAAAGUCGCUGACCGUGCUCAGGAAUUUUUCACCCACGUUGCCGAUCAACUUUUGAAAAUGUAAAGAACUUUAUACGAAAUCAGUGCAUUUUAUUAAACUAGUCAUAUGUGUAUAAAAAGCGGGAGUUCUGUGAAUUAUUUACAAUAAAAGCUAAUAUAGCUUAAUGA